GACGACUACGGCAGGCCUAGCGGUCGAGACAGAGAGGCCUCGAACCUCGACAUCAGCACGCAGGUGAGCCUCGGGCAGCGGAACUCCGAUGCGGACUGGAGCUGGAUGGAUAUGAUGCCAGACUGGGCCGAGCAGUGGAACUGGUGCAUCGCGCCGUGCCAAGGCGCCGCCUGCCGCGAGCGGCUCCGCAAGAGCCCGGCGAUCGCGCUCGGCGAGCUCUUCCAGCGCCUGGGCACCGACCGCACGAGUUGGUCAAUGGGGAACCCUACUCACGGAGACAAGCUCGUGGGAGAGAGCGCCCAGGUUAAGGGUCUGCCUCGGGGGUGCGUCGCGGGCAAGAGCAAGCGGGAGCUGCCCGACGGGGCGGUGCAUUUCGCCCAGCUUGUCUUGCUCGGGGAUCUGCGCCCGCCGUGGUUGACGCAAGACUCGCCCCGGGCUUUGCCGGGAAAGGGGGUGCUGUCCAGGUUCGCCAAGCUUUCCCUUCUCCAAUGGCCCGCCGGCGCGGUGGCCGCCCUCUUCGGCGAAGACGCGCGGCGCCGGUUCAGCGGAGCUGCGAGGAGCGUGGACCUGGAGCUCGCGGGCGUCAUCGCGCGCCCGCUGCGCAAGAUCACCGAGGCCAGGCUGCCCAGGAUCCGGCGUGAACCGGCGCUGGUGGCGGACGAGCUAGCGAACCCGCGGGCGCUGGGCAUCGCGUCGCACCUCGCGCAGCUCCAGGCGCCGCGGCAGCCCCAGCAC